AUGGGGGCGGUGUUCUGGAGGGACGGACCUCACGGAGAAACAGUGAGGGACACGUCGAGGGAAGAUGUGGAGCAACUUGCUGCAACGUGCACAAGGAAGGCUUGCUGCUGGGCCCUGGCUCUUGGCAUCGGGAAAGCCGGGGUCUUGGCUGCGGAGACCCUGCUCUGCUCCAAUUCCUGUCACUCCGCCCCUGCUGUCCGCCACGGCUGGGGGACGCAGGACAGCCCAGCGGGUUUCUCUGUGUUUUGCGUCUCCGCGCGUCAGCAGCAGCAGCAGCAGUGGUGGAGAACAGUGCUGGUGGUGUUGGAGGUGGUGGUGGAGGAGGAGGAGAUCGUCAGCAGUCUGCAGAGGCUCCCCGCCAAAAACGUGUACUACUACCGCUGCCCCGACCACCGGCGCAACUACGUCAUGUCCUUCGCCUUCUGCUUCGACCGGGAGGACGACGUCUACCAGUUCGCCUACUGCUACCCCUACACCUACUCCCGCCUGCAGCACUACCUGGCCGGCCUGGAGCGCAGGAACCUGCCCUACCUGCAGAGGGAGCAGCUGGGGCUCAGUGUGCAACAACGGAGGCUGGAUCUGCUGACCAUCACAAACCCCGCUCACCCGAGUCCAGAAAGGGGGAAGAAGCUGGUUUUCCUGACGUCUCGCGUCCACCCUGGGGAGUCUCCGGCCUCCUUCGUGUGUCAAGGGGUGAUUGACUUCCUUGUGAGCCAGCAUCCUGUGGCUCAGGUUCUGAGAGAUCAUGUGAUCUUCAAGAUUGUACCAAUGCUCAACCCCGAUGGAGUCUACCUCGGAAACUACAGGUGUUCCCUGAUGGGUUUCGACCUGAACCGGUACUGGCAGGACCCCUCCCCGUGGGCACACCCCACUCUGCACGCCGUCAAGCAGCUCAUAGUGCAAAUGAACCAGGACCCACGGGUGAACCUGGAGUUCUACAUCGACGUGCACGCCCACUCCACCAUGCUCAACGGCUUCAUGUACGGCAACGUGUUCGAGGAGGAGGAGCGCGUACGCCGGCAGGCCGUGUUCCCCCGGCUGCUCUGUCACAACGCGCCCGACUUCUCCUUGUCCAGCACGUCGUUCAACCGGGACUCGGUGAAGGCGGGCACGGGCAGGCGCUUCCUGGGCGGUCUCCUUGACGACUCCUCCUACUGCUACACUCUGGAGGUCUCCUUCUACAGCUACAUGACCGCCGGGAGCACGGCCGCAGUCCCUUACACAGAGGAAACAUACAUGAAGCUGGGCAGGAACGUGGCCCGGACGUUCCUGGAUUACUACAAACUCAACACCCUCAUAAAGGACAACAGACCCACUCACAUUCAGAGCUCUGAGGUGAUGCUGCAGACAGGCUGUGGGAAUGGAAAGACCAACACAGGAGAAAGGGAGAAGACUGAAGGCGAGAAGGAGAGGAAGAGCCAAGGCAUCAGACAUUAGAAAUACCAGGAGAUGGACAGCAGGAGAGGACAUCAGAUGGACAGGGAGAAGAGCUCGCCCAUGGUGUGGACACACAACAUGGAAAGGCGCACAGAUAGGCCGAAUGUAAUGCAAAGGCAGAGCAUUUGUGUUUCUCAUACUUAGAAAGGGGGAAUAUGUGGCUUUUGCAGGACUUUUAUAAGGGCAGCUCUGGUACACUAUAGUUUGUGGGUCGUGACAGGUUUCAUUUGGAGUGUUAAAUGCAUGCAGAAUGACUAGUUGAAUCAUGAUUUGAAGCCUUCGUUUAGUUUGCACUUAUGUGUGCUGGAUGUCCCUGUGUGCUUCACUUUGCCUUCACUUUGAUUUGCUCUUCAAUCUGUAUAUAAAUGCAUGUCUUCCAUUUUUGUCAUGAUAUUUUGAGUCAUGAUUCUGAUUGUUGUUUGAUGAUGGUGAUGGUUGUUGGUAACAAUUAUGAACAGGACAUAAUUUUGCUCAAUCUAGUGUAUAACUACAUGUUUGUGGCUGUACGCUUGUCAUCAUGGAAAUAGGC